GAAUCAAAUCAUUAAAUAGACCACUCUAAUAUCAACCAGAGAAAUAGACAUCAUCUAAAUCUUAGGAAAGCAAAUCACAGCACCAAUAUCAUCAAGUUUUGGGGUAGGAAAAUGGUUGCUGCAUUUACUUCCAUUAGCCCACACCCACUAUCUUCGUCUCUACAUCACAAGUUUCAACCUUCUCUUCUAGCCUAUAGUUUGAGCUCUACCACUGAAUCUACUAAUUUAUCCAACACAGGGAGAAACUUAAGCACCUGUGUACCCUUGAGAAUUCAAAACGCAGCAACCAAGCCGGCAAAGUCGCCAGCUGAAGAAGACUGGAAGAUAAAACGGCAAGUUCUACUCGAGAAAAAGGUAAGAAGUGUUGACGUAAAGGAAGCAUUGAGACUUCAAAAAGAGAACAACUUCGUCAUUCUUGAUGUACGUCCAGAGGCAGAGUUCAAGGAGGCUCAUCCAGCAGGUGCUAUUAAUGUGCAAAUAUACAGGCUUAUAAAGGAAUGGACUGCAUGGGACAUUGCUAGGAGGGCUGCAUUUGCAUUCUUCGGCAUCUUCCAAGGAACAGAAGAGAACCCUGAGUUUAUACAAAGUGUAGAGUCAAAACUACCUAAGGAUGCUAAGAUUAUAGUGGCUUGUUCAGCUGGAGGAACAACAAGGCCAACGCAAAAUCUUCCAGAAGGACAGCAGUCUAGGUCAUUUAUAGCUGCUUACUUGCUGGUGCUGAAUGGCUUUAAGAAUGUUUAUCACUUGGAUGGAGGAAUCUACAAAUGGUUUAAAGAAGACCUGCCAUUAGAAUCUGAAGAGUGAAAUUCGGCAAUAGGGAUGCUUUUGAAUAACCCUGAGUGUAGAUUUAAUGAACAGUAAACCGUUUCCUUAACAGAAUUGCUGCAAAUAUGUAAAUGGUUUCGGAAAUCAAUUGCCUGCACUUUUCUAUGUUCUAAAA